AUGACUCCUGAAGAGUUUAAUCGUGGAAUCUUAAUCCUAACCGAAAAAGGUCCCACAAUUUUUCCUCAAGAGAAUGAUGACCUAGCACAAAUCUUUAAAGAUAAAAGUAUACAUCCUACUGUAGAUAAUGUACACUGCCUUGUUGCUGAAGCCAAGGCUAAAAGCCUUGGUGAUUUUGAUGCUUCUAUUGUUACCCGAUAUGGUGAACUUUUGUGGUUCACAAUCCCUGACAAGGAUCAAGAGAAAGUCAGGGAGCAAUACCAAAGUAUUGUGGAUGAGGUUGUUACGAUAUUAGCACCAUGUUCACCGGUACCUACAACUCCUACGCCAACAUUUCCAACAACUUCAACUGACCAACCGUUUGAAGACGUAUUUAAUGCGGGCACUAGCUAUUUUUCUCAAACAAGUCAUAACGAGCAAGGUUUAGAGUCUAACGAUGUGUUAGAAGGAAUAACUCCUUCAAAUUGA